GCCAUCUCAUCUUCGAACUUCUCAUUCGUCUCUCUGAGUGUUUGCUUCCAUGGCCUUCCCUAAGUUCAUCACAGCGCUUCUCUUUGUAUUGGCUUUUGCUAGAUUUGAGCUUUCAACAUGCCAAGUUCUGAAGGCCAAAGUCUCUUGCCUUGAUUGCAAACACAAUGAUGGCUUAUCGGGCAUUAAGGUUCUUGUGAAGUGUGAUGGAGUGAAAAAGUUGGCUAUGGCAGACACAGAACAUGAUGGCUCUUUUGAAGUGAAGCUUCCUUCAGGCACUUCAAAAUCUUCUCCACUGAACUGUCAGGCCAAGCUUCUCGGGGGUCCAGUCCAGCUCUAUGCCUCAAGGAAAAAUGUGAUUUCCAAAAUUAUAAAGGCUGAUCAGGAGCCUAACUCCUACACCAUCUCCACUCCCCUCAGCUUUUCAACAUCUUGCCCGGCAGCAGAUCAUGCGAAAUGCAAGGCAGCCAUGAACAAGUCUGGUUCUUCCAAGACUGUCGACCUACCUCUACCACCGGAGUGGGGCUUUGCACCAUCUAGCUAUUAUAUUCCUUACUUUCCCAUCAUCGGCAUCCCUUGAUUAUCUAUGGCAGUAAUCUCAAUCUCCAGUCUCUUGGUAACAAUACAUAUAGUAGUACUAGUGCAUGUGUUAGGGAGACAAGGCAAUAUAUAUAGAUCUAGCUGUGUUAUAUCUGUGAAGGAUGUAAUAGCCUCUAGCGUUGUCUUAUAUCUUUCUUCUUUUCUUUUCUUCUUCUAUUUAUCAUCCUUUUGUUCCUUUUAUGAAGUUGGUUUGUGAUAAUGUAAGUUAUUUUCAGUCCUUGUAAGAAGUUGGCUUGUGAUAAUUAGUGUUAUAAGUUUUUUCCUUUUACAUAUAUAUGAAGUUGGUUUCCUUUUAAAGAAGACGUAUUAUAUGCUA